AUGAAUUCUGAAAUUGUGAGUAAUCUUGUUACUACUGGAGUUGGUUCUGAGGCUGCUCCGGUCGAGAUUGAUGCCCCUAGUUCGAAAAGGCUGAGACAAGCAACCUCUGAUGUUUGGAAUUUUUUCAAAAAGCUCGGUCCAGAUAAGGAUGGAGUAGAACGUGCUGAGUGUAAAGGAUGCAAGAAAGUGUUUAAAGCUAGAGGUAAGCGAUAUGACACUUCUACUAUAAAACGUCAUCUUGAUAGUUGUACUCAAAUUAAGCAUGAAGAUAUUGGUCAGACUAUAGCAGAAUUGCAACUUAAAAUGGGUUUACUUAAGAUUGAUUCAGGAGUGGCUAGAGAUAUGUUUGCUGGGUAUGUAGUUGCUGGGGAUAAGCCUUUUAAUAUGGUUGAUGAUAGGAGAUUUAGAAAUUGGGUGAAAUAUAUUAGUCCAACUUUGAAACUUCCUUCUAGGAAUAUGGUUAAGGCUGACAUAGUGAAAGUCCACAAGAGAGAAGCUGCGAAACUUAAAAAAAUUUUAGUUUCCAUUCCAAAUAAAAUUUGCUUAACAUCUUAUCUUUGGACUUCAAGUACCAAUGAGGGGUUUAUAUGUUUGACUGCACAUUUUGUUGAUAAGAACUGGAAAUUACAGAGUAAAAUUCUCAAUUUUUGUCAUAUGCCUCCUCCUCACACAGGAUAUGAAUUGUCUUCUAAAAUCUUUACGCUUUUGACUGAGUGGAAAGUUGAUAAAAAUAUUUUUUCCAUUACUUUGGAUAAUGAUUCUUCUAAUGAUACUUGUGUUGAACACUUGAAAAAUAUUGAGGGACUUGAGUAUACGACUGCAUUAUGUUUAGAUGUUCCUACUAGGUGGAAUUCACUUUAUGCAAUGCUUGCAAGUGCUAUUCCUUAUAAGAAAGCUUUUGAAAUGUAUAAAGUAAAAGAAGCUGGGUUUAGGGAGUUUUGUCCUUCAUCAGAUGAGUGGAGAAGAACUGAAAAGAUAUGUGAUUUCUUGUUACCAUUUUACGAAACUACAAAGUUGAUGUCUGGAACUUCUUACCCAACAUCCAACUUGUAUUUUUUACAAGUUUGGCAAAUCCAGCUGAUUUUAAUGAAUAGUUUGAAGAAUGAUGAAGUGCUUAUAAGGAACAUGGGAGAAAAAAUGAUGAUUAAGUUCAAGAAAUAUUGGGAAGAAUACAGUGUUGUUCUUGCAUUUGGGGCAGUUCUUGAUCCUAGAUUUAAACUCAACACUUUGGUUCAUUGCUAUAAUGAGAUUGAUCCUAUUAGUGCUAAAGACAAAGUGGAGCUUGUGAAGAGUAAGUUAUACAAGCUCUUUGAGGUUUAUGACCACAAUUCCUCUACAACUGUAGAGAGUUCUUCCCAACUUUCAAGUAAUUUUUCUCAAGCAACAUCUUCUGCAAUUGGAACUCAGCUUAUUAAAAUUGUUGGUGAUUUGAUGUCCCGUAAUCAAGAAGCUGAAGUGAAAAGUGGAAAGAACCAACUGGAUAUUUAUUUGAGUGAGGCAACAUUAUUUUGCAAUGAUGCAAUCAUUGAUGUUUUGCAAUGGUGGAAAGACAACCAUCAUCGUUUUCCAACACUAUCACUAAUGGCACGAGAUUUGUUGAGCAUUCCUAUUACUACCGUGGCUUCAGAAUCUGCAUUUAGCAUGGGUUCUCAUGUUUUGAAUAAGUAUAGAAGUCGUUUGUUGUCAGAUAAUGUUGAAGCGGUGAUUUGCACCAGAAAUUGGAUACGUGGAUAUGAUGAUUUUGAGGAAGAUAAAGAUCAGGAAGAUAUUGCAAAAGGAGAAGGCUAUUCUUCAGGAGUUGGUUCCAAUGAUGUUAUUGACUUACAUGAAGAUGAAGAUGAAAAUUAAGUAUAUUGAAUUAAGUUUAAU